CUCCUCUCUCUCCCUCUUCACUCUCCUCACCCUCUCUCUCUCCCCCCUCUGCGGCUCUAUCUGCUGGCGCUGCAGUGAAUCUCUCCCCCGCUGUCAGAAACCGUAAAGUCAGACAGCCGGUGGUCGCUAUCUGACCGUUAAAAGUCAGAAACCCGUUAAGACAUCGUCGUUAUCUCACCGUGUCGGCCCGUUAGCGGACCUGGACGUUUCUCUCCCGGCAGCUGAAGACCCCACGGCGGCAAAAUGGGAAAUGAAGCCAGUUAUGCCCUGGACAUGUGCUCGCACUUUGAUGCUGAUGAGAUUAAGAGGCUAGGAAAGAGAUUUAAGAAACUCGACCUGGAUAACUCCGGGUCUCUGAGCGUGGAGGAGUUUAUGUCCUUACCGGAGCUCCAGCAGAAUCCCCUCGUGCAGCGAGUCAUCGACAUAUUUGACACCGAUGGGAACGGAGAGGUGGACUUUAAAGAGUUUAUCGAAGGAGUGUCCCAGUUCAGCGUCAAAGGAGAUAAGGAGCAGAAACUGCGCUUUGCCUUCAGGAUCUACGACAUGGACAAAGACGGCUACAUAUCCAACGGGGAGCUCUUCCAGGUCCUGAAGAUGAUGGUGGGCAACAACCUGAAGGACACCCAGCUCCAGCAGAUCGUCGACAAAACCAUCAUCAACGCAGACAAAGACGGAGACGGCAGGAUAUCCUUCGAGGAGUUCUGUGCGGUGGUGGGUGGAUUAGACAUUCACAAAAAGAUGGUGGUGGACGUCUGACGAGCUCGCGCUCUGGCUGCGUUUACUGAAGUUCUGCUUGAAGACGUCGUCCAGCUUCUCACUCUGUUUGUUUCAACAGAAGUAUUUCUCUGUGAAAAUCCCCCCUCACCCCCUCCCUCCCUCCCCCCCUCUGAGCCAAACCCCCACCAAGUAUUACCCCCCUCCCCUCCUCCAGAUCAGGAACUGUCAGUGACUCGACGUCGCACUUUAACAGCGGACGGACGGCUUUUUAACGCAGAGCGGCGGUCUCUCUCUCUCUCUCUCUUUCUCUCUCUCUCUCUCUCUCUCUGGUGGAGGAAAGCUGGAGCGUGUGCGUGUGCGUCUUUGAGCGUGCGUGUGUUCUGUAUGUUUUACUGGUUUUUUCGAGGUAUGUGGGUUUUUUAUAUUUAUUUUGGUGUCAUAGUUUUUGUUGGGAGAAUCAGAGGAAGUGGAUCUUAAACUUUAGUGGACGAGUGUGUUUCGCUGUGAUGUUACUUGAUUUCAUGAACAGAGCAUGAAGUGCCAACACAACAUUUAUUGACAUGCAGUUGACUUACAGGUGAAAUCUGUGUCUUUAUUUUGGAGAUGUAACCGUGUUAUUGAAUGCAUUUAUCUUAA